AACAGUGUUCUUAGAGGCAGCCACACCUCAGCACCGUCUUCCUAACUGGGGACAGCAAAGUUCACAGGAACUAAGAGACACAAACUGUGAAAGUGUCCUGAACCGACACAGGAGGUCAUCUUUAUAGCACAACUGCCCUCCGAAGCUACCUGAAACAGAGCAUGGGACUUAAAGAGGGGAAAAAAGGGAAACAGACCCUCUCCUAGGACACCUGGAGUGUGAUCCAAGCCUGGAGACAAAACGAUGGGUUGCAGCUAGAAGACAAUAAAACUAGCAAUGGAGCCACUAUAUGAGGAAUACUUAGCAAAUCGUGGAACAAUAGUAAAACCUUAUUACUGGCUAAGCUUCUCUCUAGAUUGCUCUAAUUGUCCUUAUCAUAUUCGGACAGGUGAAGAAGCAAGAGUUCCCUAUACAGAAUUUUAUCAGAUUUUUGGAUUCCCUUAUGGGCCAACAUAUCCUCAACCCAAACACCUCACGUUUUAUGAACUAAAAACUUCUUGUGGAAGCCUGGUGCAGAAGGGCCAUGCUAGCAGUUGCACUGGCAAUAAUACCCAUCCAGAAUCAAUGCUAUUUGAGACGAAUGGCUAUUUUGACUCGACCAUAUACAGUAAUGAUGGCAUCAGGCAUAUCAUUCUGUAUUCCAACAACUCCCCUUGUAAUGAAGCUGACCACUGCUGCAUCAGCAAAAUGUACAAUUUCCUGAUAAUGUAUCCAGAUGUCACUCUUAGUAUUUACUUCUCUCAGCUCUAUCAUACUGAGGCCGAAUUUCCUGCCUCGGCGUGGAACCGCGAAGCUCUCCGGAGCCUGGCAAGUCUAUGGCCGAAGGUCACAUUGAGCCCAAUAAGUGGGGGGAUCUGGCAUUCUCUCCUCAACAACUUUGUGAGUGGUGUCUCAGGAGCAACGGUUUUCCAGCCCAUUUUAACUGGGAGGGCACUAGCUGACAGGUACAACGCAUAUGCGAUCAAUGCCAUAACAGGAGUGAGACCUUAUUUCACAGAUGUUCUUCCCCAGACAAAAGAGAAUCAGAACACAACAGCUCAGGCAGCUUUAGAGAGCUACGCCUUAAACAGUGUCGCUCCUGGACCAUCUUUUCAAGUGACAAGUGGACAACCACAACCCAAUCUGACACCAGACUUCAGGGUGCCUGUCAUUUUUGUGCUGGUGCCUUUCAGAGACCUACCACCCAUCCAUGUGGGCCAGAACCCACAUAAACCCAGGAAUGUCGUCAGGCACUUAAAUAUGCCUCCAAUGUCAUUCCAGGAAGCCAAGGACCACAGGAAGCCUCCCAUUGCAAUGCCAGUGAAGAGAGUAGAAAUCACAGAACAGUUUGCAAGUAGAGAAGAGGCAGGUGAAAAGAAGAAGAAGAAAAAGAAAGGGAAAAAAUAACAUCUACAUUUCUACCACAUAAGACCAAACAAUUACCAGAGGACUUGUAAAAUAGCCAACAAAAAUCUGGAAACUUUCUUAGGUGUGAUCCAAGAUGGAGAUAAAAUGAUACAUUAAAGGCAAAAUCUGAAUCGCUUACCAUCUCAACUAUUAUAAAGCUACACUGUUUCUAACAUAAUCCAAAAAGUUUCCAUACGCAACUUAAUAUAUUUCUUUAUUUUGAAACUGACAGUAUCAGAGUGGAGCCAUUAGUACUUGCUAAUAUUUUGGUGUGGAAAAGAAAAUGUUAUUAUUCUAGUCUACCCACAUCAUCUUUCCACUAAAAAAGCCUAUGGACUAAAUAUUCCUAAAUUGGUUUCAGUGCUAAAAUUUACUGUAAGAUUGGAAAACAGCCUGAAGUUACUGGCAUGAAGUGCUGUUUGCAAAAGCAAACCAGUGAUUUUCCAUUAAUUGUUCAUUGUGGACAGGAGAUUUUAGGCAACGCAUUUUUUUUUUCUAAAGUGCUUCAAAAUAGUUUUGUGUGGGUGGAAAAGCUCUUUUGCUAAUUGAUUAGACAUAGCUACAAAAAUUGAUUUUUGAAAUCUGGCCUCCUGCUCAGUUUGAUCUUUCCCAGCUCAGACCUCUCCCUCCUGAGCAGAUGACAGAGGCAGGAUGAUACAUGAGACUCUCCAAAGGCUCCUUCCAUUACUCACCAUGUAAUAUCCAAGCCACUUUUACUAGCUUGCAAGACUCCUCAUCUACUUUCCUAUUGUCCUGUCUCAUCGGCAAGAUUGUUAAUUCCUAUAGGUCAAACACUGUCUCUUUCUCCCUUUGGUUUUCCCUUAGGAUCUAGCACACUAUCCAGGUAAAAUGUGGGUAGCAAGGCUGUGAACCUUCAUCUCAAUAACUUUACCAGUCACUGCUCCCCAAUAUUCUUGUAAAUUCCAGCCAAGUGCCUGCUUAACCAUCCUGCAAUGGACGUGUUGCUGCUUUUUUUUCUUAGCAUCCAUUCCCCCUUCUUCUGAUAUAGCUCCCCAAUGCACAAUUUUUGUUUUACUUCCCUUUUUUUCUGACCACUUCUUUUUCACCCGUACAUAUCUAUACCUUCUCUUAAAAUCUUGUUCAAAACACACUUCUAGGAAGGACUCCUUGACGAACCCUCUGAGCAUGUACAUCAAAGCACUUUGCUUGUGUUUAAUUAAUCCACAUUUGCUGCCUCAC